AUGGCCGAGUUGACGUCGAGCAAGGAGAUUGGGUCCAAAUUCGUGGAUCCCCCAACCUUUGACAUCGCGAAGUCCUACGCCGACUCUGUGAGCACGACGCCCCUGAUUUUCAUCCUCAGCCCGGGCACCGACCCCGUGGCCGAUGUGAUCCGCUUCGCCGAGCAGUUGGGAAUGUCGAAGAAGUUCGAGCCGAUCUCGUUGGGGCAGGGGCAAGGGCCCAAAGCCCAGCGAAUGAUCGACUCGGCGAGGCAGAGCGGAGGCUGGGUGCUGCUUUCCAACUGUCACCUGAUGCAGUCCUGGAUGUCAACGCUGGAAGCCAUUGUGGAGCAGCUCGAUCCGGAGACGAUGUCGAACAACUUCCGGCUUUGGCUCACCUCCAUGCCGGCGAAGACCUUCCCUGUGCAGGUUCUGCAGAAUGGCAUCAAGAUGACCAACGAGCCUCCGUCUGGACUUCGUGCCAAUCUGCUGCGCUCGUACAGCUCGGUCACAGAUCGGCUUUUCGAGGAGUCGGACAAGCCCGGCGUCUUCAGGACACUAUUGUUCGGCUUUUGCUUCUUCCACGCGGUAGUCCAGGACCGCCGAAAGUUUGGGCCCAUCGGCUGGAACAUCCCCUAUGGCUUCACGCCGGAGGACUUGGCAGUGUGUCGCCAGCAGCUGAUGCUCUUCGUGAACAAGUACAAGGAUGUGCCGUACAAAGUUCUCAACUUCCUUGGGGCCCAGAUCAACUACGGUGGGCGCGUCACAGAUGACAAAGACAAGCUGCUGAUCUCCACGAUCCUGGCUACGUACAUAUGUCCAGAAGCGGUGAACGGAAUGGACCAAUACAAGUACUCUGCCAGUGGCCUCUACUACGCCCCUCCCUGCGAGACCGUUGAGGACUUCAUCGAAUACAUCCGGAGCUUGCCGCUCUACCCGAUGCCCGAAGCCUUUGGCCUUCAUGACAACUGCAAUAUCACCUGUGCGCAGGAUGAGGCGUUCAAGCUACUGGUGGGUAUGCAGAGCAUGGUCUCUGCCGGAGGGGGUGGCGGAGAUGGCAAGUCCGCAGAUGAUGUCAUGGAUGCAACUGCAGCAUCCAUCCAGGACAAGCUGCCAAAACCCUUCCCGCUGGAUGUUUGUGAGCAGAAGUUCCCCACCAGAUACGAGGAAUCCAUGAACACCGUUGUCAAGCAAGAGUGCCUCCGUUACAACAAGCUGCUUACAACCAUGGACAGCUCGCUGAAGGCAUUCCGCAAGGCCAUCAAAGGCCUGAUUGUCAUGACCGCCGAGCUGGAAGAGCUGGGGAAACAACUCUUCAUUAACGAGGUGCCAGAGAUGUGGUCCAAGAAGGGCCCUCUUUCGUUGAAGCCGCUGAGCAGUUGGUUUCCGGACAUUCUGGCGCGGGUGGCCUUCUUCCAGAACUGGAAUGAUUUGGGGCGCACGCCGCCGGUGCACUGGAUCAGUGGAAUCUUCUUCCCCCAGGCCUUCUUCACCGGUGCCAUGCAGAACUAUGCCCGGAAGCAUGGCGAAGAGAUCGAUCUCUUGUCCUUCUCGCAAAAGGUCAUGGACAACAUUGUCAACCCCAAGCGGGAAUUGAUUGUUGCUCCGGAGGAUGGUGUCUACAUCUACGGCCUAUUCAUGGAAGGCGCACGCUGGGACAACGACACCCACAUGGUUCAGGAGUCCCAGCCGAAAGUGCUCUUCACGGAAUUGCCUUCGUUUUGGUUCUUGCCGGUCAAGGACCGCAAGCCCAACCCGAAAGACUACCGCUGCCCAACCUACAAGGUCCUCUCACGCAAGGGGACGCUGCUAACGACCGGGCACUCGACGAACUUCGUGCUCUACCUCGAACUCCCGACAGAUCAGGCUGGGCAUCCGCACCUAGCCUCUCUCGCAAAAAGUCUUGCCGAAUCAACGGUGAGUUUCAGAGCGUACACGUGUGAGUACAUAAGGAUUAGAUUGGGUGUUCUUCAAGGGCUAUUCAUAUUUUGA